CAUAUGAAGAGACACAACACAAGCGCGCGCCGCAGCAGCGGAGUAACCCAACAAAGCUAGCUAGCUGCAACACCCAGCACGUAGGCAUGGCGGUGGACGAGGUCGUCGACGGCCAGAACGCAGCAGCAGCUUUCCGGUGGCGGUGGUUCGACGCGGCGCGCUACGUGUUGGCCCUGGCUGUGACCGCGCUCAUGAUCACCGUCAUCGCGCACGCCGUCCACGUCCUUCUCCGGCCCGAUGACCUUUUCCUCCAGGUGGACAAGGGCUUCGUGGCCGUGAAGCGGGGCACUCCGGCAUGGAACCUCAGCUUCGCUCUCGACCUCGAGGUCAUCAACCCCAGCGGCCGCGUCGCCAUCUUCUACGAAGGCGUCACGGCCUACUUGUACGGCAGUGCGAACGAGGCGUCACAGCCGGAAUAUUUCGUGAGCAUGGAUGUCGGGGACAUAUCCCUGAGGCAGCAGUCGUCGGAAUUCGAGUAUCUGCAUACCUUCGCCGAUUUGAAUUCGCCGGAUUAUAAGGCCUACUUCGACCUGUUCAAAAGCAGCGGCACCAUGGGCAUUCCGGACGGGGUUGUGGCCGUGAACGGUACCCUCACCGUCGGGCUGUAUUCCUGGCGCAACCAGACUCCUAUAGUAGCCACCUACUACUGCUGGCCGGUCGCCAUCGGCGGCGAUUCCUCUGAUGUCACCGCAGGCAGCGCACGGUGUACGGACGACCCGCCUAGGCGAGAGGCAAGCCUUACCUAGUCCUAUAGUUCGCCGUCCUUAGGCGCUUUGUCUGUUUUUACCAAAGGGGGGGAAGGAUCGAGCCUCUGCAUUGAAAAGAUGCAUAUGCUCUUUGCGCUCUAUCUUUGACAUCCCACACCCUUCUAUCUCAUUUUCCGUUUAUUCAUUCAAUCAACUGUGUACGUUCUAAGGAGUAAAUGUUUUGGCGGUUAAGCUACUUGCUUGAGACUAUAUAUCAGAGUAUACUAGAUAAAAAUGUGUUGGUCUUUCGGUCAUGUUUU